GCACCAAACCGGCCCUAAAUCCUUUUAGCCUCCAUCUCGGAGAUUCGACUCUAGGUUUACAGCUUCUACAGUUUUCGCUUUCCCGUUUUCUACGUUCGCCACAUCGGCUUCAGUCGGCGAUUAUUACAUAGUUCCCGAACCCGGCGUAUUGAGCUCAUCAAGGAAACCCUAAUAUUAUCAGUUUCGAUCCCCUCAGAGCAGCAUUCUAAGGAAUCAGCGCUGACAGAUGGGCAAGGGAGUUCGUGGCAGGGAUAGGCCGUAUCCUGAGUUCUCGCCCCGAUAUGGUGAAAGAGAACGACGAAGUGGCUGGGGCGUAGCUCCUCCUUCACGGAAGCUCUGGGUGGGGAACUUGAGCUCUCAUAUUACUGAAAACAUUCUAUCGGAGCAGUUCCUUAGGUUUGGCGACAUUGAAAGCAUAGCUUAUUUGCCGGGCAGGAGCUAUGCAUAUGUCAACUUUAAAAAGGAGGAGGAUGCUGUGCUUGCAGUGAGAGCACUUCAUGGGUCAAAUAUUGCAGGGAUGCCUCUUAGAAUCGAGUUUGCAAAGGGGGAUGAAGCAUAUUUGCGUCAUAAAGAUGACAGACGGUCAAUUGAGAGGGAUGAAUCACCUUUGAGAAGAGAUAUGAGAAAUCAGAAUUUUAGUCCUGAAAGAUCUUCUGAUAAGUCCAAAGGCUAUAGGAGUGCUGAACCUAGUGAGGUUUUGUGGAUAGGCUUUCCUCCAUCUUUAAAUGUUGAUGAAAUAAUCUUGAGAAGGGCAUUUUCACCUUUUGGUGAAAUUGAGAAAAUUACUUCAUUUCCAGGCCGUAGCUAUGCCUUUGUUCGCUACAGGAGUGUGGUGGCAGCUUGUAGGGCUAAAGAAGCUCUGCAUGGGAAAUUUCUCAACAAUCCUCGUGUUAAUAUUUGUUUUGCUAGGAGUGAUAUGCCUGCUGUACAUGGAAAAGGUCUUGCAAAUGGUCCUUUCUCUCCACAUUUGAAGCCUAAUUUUUUACCUGGGUCAAGUGGGAAAGUCCUUGAGCCCUUUCAUGGUGAUGAAAGCUUGGAGAGUCCGGUCCGAGAUUUUCGCAGGGCUUCUCCACCAUUUCGCUUCAGCCUACUUGACAAGGUCUCUCGUGAUCCACAAGCCCUCGAUUUCACUAGGAAUAAAUCAUCACAGUUUGGCGCUGAACCGGAACCAAUUUUUUCCAGUACUUACAGGAGUAUUAGAUCACAAGAAUUUUCUUCUGACAGAAGGACAACAGAAGACUUUUUAGGAAGACACAGAACCAGUCCGGCAGACAAGAUACCACCUUCACAUAGUCUUCCUUUUGAAAGACCUCAAAGAGUUCCACCAUUUGCAGAUUCUUGGGACAUAGAGGACAGACCAUUUCCUCUAGCAAAGAAACUUAAAAUUGACUUCAUCCCUGAUAAAGAUCUUCCAGAGUAUCCUUUCUCAGAUUUAGAACAAGAAAAACAUGACAGCCUGCAAAAUCCAUUCCAUGAUUUGCCAGAGUAUCAUGGUUAUAAUAAGUCUCUGGAUUCUGUUUCAUUCAGUUUAAAAGGUGGUCAUGAUUUGUCAAGGAGCCUAAAUCGUUCUCACGCUGAAAUAGAUGAUACGUGGGGCAGCAUCAGCCGCUUAAGCGGAGGUUCUAGAACAUUUUCUAGUAUAUCUCCAAAAUCACACAGAUCUAAACCUGAAUCUCAUAAACCUCCCCCACUAGAUGAAAUAUGGAAGUGGGAGGGAACGAUAGCUAAGGGCGGAACUCCAGUUUGUCGUGCUCGGUGCUUUCCUGUUGGUAAAGUUCUUGAUUUUAUGCUGCCUGAGUUUCUUAACUGCACUUCGAGAACUGGCCUUGAUAUGCUUGCAAAACAUUAUUAUCAAGCAGUGAGUACUUGGGUGGUAUUUUUUGUUCCUGAAAGUGAUGCAGAUAUUGGUUUCUAUGGUGAAUUCAUGCAUUAUCUUGGAGAAAAGCAGCGGGUAGCUGUUGCUAAGCUGGAAGAGAAAGUCACUUUAUUCCUCGUACCGCCAUCAGAUUUUUCUGAACAAGUCUUGAAAGUACCAGGAAAAGUGAGCAUCUCUGGUGUCAUUCUAAAGUUCCAGCAAAAUGUUUCUAACAUCAGUUCUCUUCAACAUCCAUUGGAUUUGACAGAGCCAAAAAUCCCAUCUCUUACUCAGAGGCCAAAUGAAGGACUUAAAAUUCAUGAAGGCACUUCAUUUACGGAACCAAAUUCACCUGAUUUCAGGUCAUUUUCUCAUAAACAAAACCACACAGCCUCAUCAUCAGGAUAUUUGACUCCAGCCAUUUUCACACCAGCAUCUACACGGGAUGACAGUUUCCCGUAUUCAGUCUCUGCUCGUGGAGAAAAGUUACGUGAUCUUCAUAUGGAUGGGGCGCAUGAUCAUUUGCAACUUCAUAAUCCUCCAUUUCCAUCUACCUGGUCUAGUAACAUUCCAGUUUCUUGCUCUGGCAUGGGAAGUUUCAUUACUGCUCCAAGUGCUCCAUCACAACCAUUUGGUCAAUCUUUCUCAAAAGAGUCAUUCAAUUCAAGAGUUGCUCCAGGGACUGACUCAAGUGGUUAUAUGCCUGAGACUUUAGCUUCAUCUUCUGCAGUCAAGUUUCCUCCACCGCAGGAGAUCAAAUCUCAGCCUCCUUCAGCAACAUCAAGAUCUCUCCAACCUGAACAACUUGCUCAUCUGGCAGCUCUUCUGGGGAACCAAAAACAAACUGUAGAAGAGCCUCAUUUGCUAAAGGAUGAAAGGGGGAAAUACUCGAACUUUUCUCAGAAUCCUAUUUCCCAGCAUCAUGCCUCUAUGCUUAUGUAUAACAAUUCUCUCUUGCCACAUGCCCAUGCUUCUAUUACCCCUGCCGAUUCAUCAUUGAAUUCUGCAUCUGUAGAGCAUCAGACUGGCCACGGGCAGCAGCUGCAGCUGCAGCUGCAAGGGUCACAACCAUCUGAUGUUCCUCCAGUUCAAAAUGUUGGGCAACAGACCAAUCAACAAGAGCAAAACGGCUCCAGGGAAGACACGGAAGCAGAUCCUGAGAAGCGUUUGCAGGCAACACUUCAGCUGGCUGCUGCUCUUCUUCAGCAGAUUCAACAGCGAGCAAAGGCUGUCGAUUAGUACUGGAUAUGAAGUGGGUUGAUGGUAUGCAUGGGAAUCCCGAAGCCGCCUGCCAACCAUUUUCUUAAAGCUAAAAGGUUUGAUUUUUUAUGCUUUGAUCUCAGUUUUACGUCCCAACUUCGCUCGCAGGCAGGCGGCCUUCAAUUUUGUUUCGUCUUGCUUUGCUUUGUUUUGUUUGGCCUGCAACCCUAAAACUGUGAUGCUUAUGAAGUCCUGAGGAUUCUUUUUCAUUAGAUUAGAUUUUGCAGUAGCAUCUGUAAACAGCCAUGUUGGUAGGAUGGCUUGAAGUUUUAAAGUAGAAUCAGCAUAUGAGUUUUGCCUAUAUAUUUAAUCCCAGAC